UUGUUUUUUUCUAUUCUUAGUACUCUCACAUUCAUCGUUCCUUCUCUACCUUCAAUCCGUCGCCAAUUUACUAUGAACUGAGAAAAAGAAGGAGAACGGGCGAAACGGAAGAAACACGUAUCGGACGCAAACAGCGUCCUUCCACCACCACCUACGGCACCUAUGGCUGCUGCCACCGCCACCACUCUCAUCCUCCUCGUCGUCCUCCACCGCCACCUAGCUGUUUCUGCCGCCGCGGCUCCGUCCCCCGACGCCGCGGCCCUCCUCCUCCUCAAGGACUCCUUGGGCAACGCCACCGCCCUCUCCGCCUGGUCCCUCUCCGCCGAGUCCCCCCCCUGCGGUCCCCCCUCCCCCUGGCCCGGCGUCGUCUGCUUCCACGGCAUCCUCACCGGCCUCCGCCUCUCCGGCAUGGGCCUCUCCGGCUCCCCCGACCUCGACGCGCUCUCCCGCCUCCCCGGCCUCCGCACUCUCUCCCUCUCCUCCAACUCCCUCUCCGGCCCCCUCCCCGCCUUCAACCGCCGCCUCCCUGCCCUCAAAUCUCUCUACCUCUCCGGCAACCGCUUCUCUGGCCCCCUCCCCGACGACUUCUUCGUCGGCCUCGCCCACCUCAAGAAGCUCUGGCUCAACGCCAACGCAUUCACCGGACCCGUCCCUUCCUCCCUCACACGCGCCACCAGCCUCAUCGAGCUGCACCUCGAGGACAACGGCUUCACCGGGCAGCUCCCUCCCGACCCCCCCGCCGCGCUGUCGGAGUUCAACGCCUCCCACAACGACCUCGAGGGCCCCGUCCCCGCGAGCUUCGAAAAGUUCGGCGCGGGCGCGUUCGGAGGGAACGCGUACCUCUGCUACGGCGCCGACGACAAAAAACCAUGCAAGAAACCAGAGCCGGAGCCGGAGGCGACCCUCGGGGAGAAGGUGGCGAUGGCGAUGGUGGUGCUGCUUCUCGCGGCGGCCACGGCGGCCGUCUGCUUGAGGACGUGCCGGAAGCAGCGCGUGCGGGCGUUCGACACGCUCGGCGUCGACAACGGCGCGGUCGAGAGCGGCGACGAGAAGAGAGGCGUGCGCGACGGCGGCGGCGGCACUGACGCCGUCGUCGACGCGGCGAAAGGGUCGAGCCAUCAUAAUAAUAGUAAAAAGAGCGCCGUAGCGGACAGCGUCGUAUCAGCGCCAGCGGAUGGCGGAGGAGGAGGAGGAGGAGGGGCUGCAGGUAAUGUCGGGGGUGGUGGUGGUGGUUUGGGGAGUGGUGAUUUGGUGAUGGUGAACGAGGGGAAGGGGAGGUUCGGGCUGGCGGACCUGAUGAAGGCGGCGGCGGAGGUGCUGGGGAGCGGGGGGCUGGGGUCGGCGUACAAGGCGGUGAUGAAGCGCGGGGCGGGGGCGGCGGGGUCGGUGAAACGGAUGCGCGACAUGAACCGGGUGGGGAAGGAGACGUUCGACGUCGAGAUGCGCCGCUCGGCCGCUGCGCCACCCAAACUGCUGCGCCGCUGGCGUUCACUACCGCGAAGAGAGAAGCUGCUCGUCUACGAAUACAUUCCAAAGAGCUUGCUCUACGUUCUUCAUGGCGAUCGAGGGAUGGACCACGCGGCCCUGGACUGGCCGACGCGGCUGCGGAUCGCGCGGGGGAUCGCGCGGGGGAUGGCGUACCUCCACUCCGAGCUCUCGUCGGCCGACAUCCCCCACGGCAACCUCAAGUCCGGCAACGUCCUCCUCUCGCCGGACUUCGAGCCCCUCCUCGUCGACUACGGCUUCCUCCCCCUCGUCAACCCCUCCCUCGCCUCCGCCGCCAUGUUCGCCUACCGCUCCCCGGAGUCCCUCGGCCACCACCACGUCUCCGCCAAGUCCGACGUCUACUGCCUCGGCAUCCUCCUCCUCGAGCUGCUCACCGGCAAAUUCCCCUCGCAGUACCUGCACAACGCGAAAGGCGGGACCGACCUCGUCCUCUGGGCCACCACCGUCGCUGCGGAGGAUCGGGAGGAGGAGCUGCUGGACCCGGCCAUCGUGACGGCGGCGAUGAAGGCGGCGGUGCCCGACAUGAAGCGGCUGCUGCGCGUCGGCAUCGACUGCAUCGAGCCGGAGCCCGAUAGGCGGCCCGACAUGAAGGAGGCGGCGGCGAGGAUCGAGGAGGUGGCGGCUGCCGUCGAGGCGCUCAAGGCGGCCAGGGUGGCGCCGGCGAAGGACGGGCUGCAGCCGGCAUCGGCGCCGGCCUCCCAUGCGGCGUACGUGAGGGACGGGCUCGGGGAGCGGUCGGCCCGCCGGGGAGGGAGCAUCGGCGAGCGGUCGGCCCGCCGGGGAGGGAGCAUCGGCGAGCGGUCGGCUCGCCGGAGCGAUGAUAACUUCUCGUUCGCCAUCUCAUGAUGGCGAUCACUGCGCCAACGACACCGGGCUAUAGUGGGCAAAUCGAUCAUACAGUACGGCCUGUGAUAAUACAAAGUAGAGAGAAACACUGGACAUGGAGAGGAGGAACAAUAGAUAAUUAAGCAGCAGUAAAUAUGCAUGGAGGUCCACAACUAUAUUCAAUUGUGAAAUUACCCCCUCAACUUUAAUUUUUUUUUCUUAUCGAAUCCUUCUUGAGUUUUGAUUUUUCUUUUCAGAAUUAAAGGAUUUUAGAGAAAGAAACUUGGGUAUUUUUCAAAUGCAAUGAUGAUUUUGUCAAAUUUAAUAGCUUUAAAUUUCUAUUUAACAAAGUCAUUAUAUUUGAUAAAACUCGAAUGGAAAAAAUUAGAAGUUGAGAAAGUUUCAAUUAAAAGAAAAAAAAAGGGGUGUAUUUCAAAAUCGCGUAAAGUUGAGGGGCUCUUCAUAACUUGCAUACCGAGGAGACGUGGUAGGGGCUCUUUUAUUGCUUUGUUACAAUUUAUUUACUACGCGAAAAGCCAAAAAAUGGGCUUCUAUUGAAGUUAUGAGAUGAGAUGUUAUAAACUUUAAACAUUUAGUGAUUUUCUUUUUUCCCUUUUGUUUAAAAAUUAUGUAUAUGAUAAGCAAG